AUGUUCUGCUCGACUGGCUCGUGCACGUGCCUCAGUAAUUUCGUCGCCAUACAAGGCUACUGCUACCUCAAGAAAAAUCCGGGAGAGAGCGGUUGCCAGUAUGCCGAACAGUGUAGCGCCGUUUGGCCAGAGAGUCGAUGCGAAAAAUCUCGUUGUGAAUGCCCAGAAGACGUCAAUGGUAUCCCAUACGUACAGGCUAAAACUCGUGACGGUGUCAUCUGUAUCCUCCAUUCGGGUGAGGACGGCGAUCCCGUCCCAAAAUGCCCUCUACCGGAGUAUGAUGACGACCUUUUGACUAUGCCUGUAUCGCAACUGAGAAAUCCGGCGAUGACUGAUCCAGACGAUUCGGAUGUGGAAAUGGGCGAGCAUGUAAAUCCGCUACAGUUCUGCUCAUCUUCAUCCACGGAUUACACAAAUUUCGUCGCCAACGGUGGUGGAGCUUGCGUCUACUCGCAAGAUCCACAGAGUGGAGAUGGCAUUUUUAUCGCUGAUAUCUACGAUUGCGUUACCUCAACAGCUUCUAUGGCCAAUGUUAAGACUGCUAUGGAAGGAGUUUAUGACAUUAGUCCGGCUGCUGAUGGAAUCUGUUGUCCAAACAGAGCUUUCACCUGCAUCCAACCGAAACGCGAAGCCGACACUGGCGCUGCCGCACCAGCAGGAGUGCGACCCCGGUGGUGGUACAACGCUGUCACGGGAACCUGUGAGCAGUUCAUGUGGGAUCCCUGGGAUGAGACCGAGCCACAAUCGCCAAAUAACUUCAAAACUCGCGAACAUUGCGAGUCCUACUGCCGAGACACUUGCAAACGUGGAUCACCUCAAUACGUUACCGGAAGCUCACAAAACGAGGAUGAACCUAUUAACAACUGCCAAACAGCUUCUUCUUGUACUUCCAACUAUGAAUGUACCACCAUCGGAUCAAUGCAAAUGUGUUGUCCCACAGUGGCUUCAAUCUGUAGUAACACCGGAGGUCGACCAGUUGAUGCUAUUCGUCAUACAAAUUUCGAUCCAGGAAUGAGUAUGAAGAGAAGCUUUAGCCUUACUUUCUCUACAUCUAGCAGAUACUAUUACGAUGCCGAGCAGGGUCGCUGCAUCGCUUUUACUUAUAACGGAGCGCUUGGAAAUUUCAACAACUUCAAAUCAGCAGCCGAUUGUGACUUAUUCUGCGCUAAGCUACAAUGCAAAUACGGUACUCCGCUAAAGAUCGGUGCUGCCAAUCAACGCUGUAGCAAUAAUGCCGACUGUCCAAGCACUCAUGAAUGUCAAAGUGAUCACAAUGUCUGCUGUCCACGACCGCAAGCGAUCUGUUCGCAACCGUUACGAUUGGGUGAUUGUAAGCAGAGCGUGCGUCGCUAUUGGUACAACGCUGUGACGAGAGCUUGCGAGAUUUUCGACUAUACCGGAUGUCAGGGCAACGAUAACAAUUUUGAAACACUGCUCGAGUGUCAGAACACAUGCGAGAACAUUAUUCCUGAGCCACAAUGCCCACAGGGAGAUGCUUAUAAGGACUACCAGGGUAACUACUAUGUCUGCUCGAAUUCUGGAGCUGGAAACUCUUGCCCAGUCAAUUAUGAGUGCUAUUUCGACGGUUACGUCUGGGGAUGUUGUCCCACCAAAGCCUAUACCUGCACACUCUCACCCCACAAAGGAGUCACAUGUGGCAGUGGAUCCUCUUACCGUUACUUCUACAACAGCCAAACCCAAGAAUGCGAAAGCUUCCAAUAUAACGGCUGUGAUGGAAAUUCUAACAACUUCGCUACUCGAGACGAUUGCGAAAGCUACUGCAGUGUCGGUGGCUGCCCAUCCGGUGGUACACCCGAAAGAAACGAGUUCGGUCAGCUGAUGGUGUGUUCAGCUACCCAAGUUUGUCCAACCACGCAUGAAUGCACAUCGGUGAAUUCUGGAAGCAGUGUGGUGAAUCGAUGCUGUCCCACUCGUUCCUACAUUUGUUCGCUACCGCCCCAGCAAGGCAGCGCUUGUUCCUCUUCAGCAGCAGCUCGUUACUAUUUCAACAUUGUGACUAAGGAGUGUACCCAGUUCACUUAUAAUGGCUGCAGUGGCAAUUUGAAUAAUUUCGGAACCAUCGAGCAGUGUAACAACUUCUGCCUAUCGGCUGCCUGUACUCCAGGAGAUGUCGCCUAUGUGAAUCCUAACACCAAUAUGCCUUAUGAGUGCAAUGCUGCUUUGAGUAACAGUUGUCCAACAAACUUUGCCUGCACCUAUGAUCAGUUGUCCGGAACUAGCGUUUGUUGUGGAGCUACUCAUAUGGAGGUCUGCCCCGAAGGUGAAAAAGCCUAUGUGAACGCUGUGGAUAUGAGCGUUCGGGAAUGUCUUAUCAAUGUCGAGGGCUCUUGCCCCAGCAACUAUCUUUGUCGCUUCAAUGCUCUAAAGAACCGCUACUAUUGUUGCGCCUCAAUUACUGGAGACCUAUGUCCAGCGGGCAAAGCUCUUUACCGUGAACCAUCCUCUAAGGCACCCAUCAGAUGUACAAUCAGUAGCAGCAGCAAUCAGUGUCCAAAUGGCUACACGUGCCAGUCUGAUGUUCCUGGAGCAUUUCAAGGAUAUUGCUGUUCGGCUAGUCAUAUCUGCCCCAAUAAAGCAGAAUUCUACCUUGAGGAGAACAGCCAGAUGCCAAGAUCUUGCACCGUCGGAGCUUUCAUUACUUGCCCCACUGGUUAUAGCUGCCAGAGUACACAGACUGAGUUCACUACUGGCCAUUGCUGCAAGGGAGAGGUCUCAUCUGUUUCUGAUGGCUGUCCUCCAAACGAGUACGUCUACAUGAAGGACAACCAGAUCGCUCCUUGCGAUCCAUUCAACCCACCAAAUGCUCCCUGCCCCAAUGGUUACUCCUGCCAAUGGUCACUUUCUAACCAACGUUACCAGUGCUGUGGAGCGACACCUCUGACCACACCGAAGUCGAUCGCCGCACUCGGUUGUCCAAACAACCAAGUCGCUUUUCGUGAUGUCGCCACCAAUGCGCCAAGAAUUUGUACAGCAGCUACACAGAAUUGUCCAACAGGCUAUUUCUGUCAGUUCUCUACAACGAACAAUCAGUUCCAAUGUUGUGGAAUGUCUGGUGGAUGCCCGAACGAUUCGGUGGCGUUUAUUGGAAUCACGGGUGAACCUCAAAGUUGUGCUAUUGGGCAAAGUACUUGUCCGAAAGGGUACUCUUGUCAGAGAGGUAUCACUGGAUCGCAGUUGUGCUGCACCACGAAUGAGCCCACAUGCACCGAACAACAAAUCCUUGUCGAUGGCGUCUGCCUGAACCGAGUCGCUUUUGGCGAACACUGUACGAACCAGGUCCAAUGCCCUACCAGCACCAUUUGCCGAGACGAGAAGUGUACCUGCCCUGAAGGCCAACACUUCGUGAAUGGCGUUUGCCAAGUAGGCUGCGGCGAAAACGAAGUAGACGUGAAAGGCACAUGCCUUCCCAAAGUCGAAAUCGGUGACGACUGCGAAGCAGAUGAACAAUGCCAAGGUGGCUCCAGCUGCGACGGAGGCCGUUGUGAAUGCCCUGAUGGCGAAGAGGUGGUUGACGGCGUAUGUGUGAGGAAGAUGAACUCGCGCAAGGUUACCACUUGUCCCAUACCUGGACAGACACCUUACAUCGACAAAGUAACCAACAAUGUGCGGUUCUGUCAGCCAAGUCGAAACUCCUGUCCACGAGGGUACAGCUGCCAGUUUUCAGAAACUGCUCAGCAGAGUAUCUGCUGCGGCGGAGGUGAUGGCAUCCCUAGAUUCUCAAAAAUCACCGAAAAUCGUGGGCCUAAGCCUGACGUUGAUUCAGGAGAGGAUACAACCUCUGCGACCACCACCACCACCACAGCCAAACCAGAUGUGUGCGACAAAGGCUCACCAUACCUUAUGAACGGCCAACCAAAGCUUUGCACCAAUGCUCCAUGCCCAUCUGGAUACAAAUGCUCGUUCUCCAGAACCCACAAGAACUACUUCUGCUGCUCGCAAUUCAGUGCAACAUUCGGAUGUCCUACAGGAACGGCGCUGCUCUUCCCAUCUACGGGCACGCCUGUACAGUGCAGUAACACUGGUUCAAGAUCCUGCCCAACAGGCUACAGAUGCGUACGUAACGUCCACACGAAGGGAUUCCAAUGCUGCUCGGUGAACGACACUCCAGUCAAACGACCGGAACCACCAAAAGUUGUCAAUAACAAGAAGGAGUUUGGAAACGGACCAUGCCCAGGAACACAAGUCCAAGUACUACGAAUCGUAGGGGAACGCAUAGUGAAGAAAUGUGAAGCCGCCUGUCCACCGCACCAGGUUGCUGUGCGCGGCAUCUGUCGUGACAAAUAUCAUUCGGAUGAUCCAAUAAGCAAAAAUCUAUUACCUUGAGUAUAGGCCACUGCUCAUUUCCAGUUUCGAGUUGCUCAUUGUGUGUGCAACUGUCCGCGUAGGUGCUUGUAGCACCAGUUUAUUUGUUGCCGAAUUUUGUCCCUUCUCGUCACGAUUGUUUUGUUACAUGCAGGACCUGGUG